AUGGAGACACCGGGCUGCCCGGCCUUCCCCCCGCCUAGCCGGCCCGGGGGUCCCCCGGGGCUGCCCCGGCCUCCCACCGCCUUCGCCCUCGGUCCGCCGGGGCCCCACCGGCGGCCGCCGCCGCUCAGCCCCCGGCCCGGCCGCUGCCCGCCGCUCCGGGCACAGCCGCGCUACCUGGGGGCGGCCAGCCCGGGCCCCCCCGCCGUGGCCGUGCAUGGGAAGCCCCUGUACCCGGCCGGGGCUGCAGAAACAACGGGGGAAGGGGAGAAAAGGCGGCGGGAGAGACCCGGCCCCGCUGCCGCGACGGCGGGGACGGCCCGGGGCGGGGAGCGGCGGGUCCGCGUUCCCGGGGAUGGAGAGCGGCCGCGCUCCCCGGAGGAGGCUGCGAAGCCGCGUCCCACUCCGGUUCCCGGAGCCCGGCGGGCAGGACCGGCGGCAACAGCCGCGGUGCGGCCGCACGGACGGGCCCGGGGCUCCGAGACCUGGGGGAGGCCGGACUGCGGGGCCGGCAGCGCUGCCCGGUGCCCGGUGCGGAGCCGCAGCGCUCCCGGCUCCCGCGGUGCCUCGCUGCGGGGCAGUGAAAAGGGCUGCAAAGGCGGGUUCCAGGCGAUUCCCACAGCCUGCAGGGUCCCCCCGAAAGCCCCGGAGGACUUGGGGUGCCCCCUGGCAGCACCCCUGGGCAGCCUCCGCGGCUACGGGAUCCCCGAGCUCCCCGAGCCCCUGGGCAAGAGCAAGAGCAAGAAGAGGAGGAACAGGACGACCUUCAGCACGUUCCAGCUGGAGGAGCUGGAGAAGGUUUUCCAGAGGACGCAUUAUCCCGACGUCUACGCCCGGGAGCAGCUGGCACUGCGCACGGACCUGACCGAGGCCAGGGUGCAGGUUUGGUUCCAGAACCGCCGGGCCAAGUGGCGGAAACGGGAACGGUACGGGAAAAUCCAGGAGCUGCAGAACAACCUGUGGCCGAGCCCUGGGAGCCCCCCGGGGCUGCUGCCCCCCGAGAGCAUCCCGUCCCCCUGCAUGUCCCCGUACCCCCCCGCUCCCAGCAAUGGCUUCGUGGGCAUUCCCGCGUCCCCGGGCCCCCACCCCGGCAUCAACAGCCUCUACUCCCUGCACGGGCUGCCCCCCCCGGGCCUGGCCCCCCACCCCUUCGAGCCGCCCGCCCAACACGACUACAAGGCGCCCACCCUGAUGCCGCUGAGGAUGAAGAGCAAAGAGGGGGCCGGGAGCCUCCUGAAUUGGGCCACAUGA